GCUCUGGGAUUGUACACAGUAAAUGCAGUAUAUGGAGAUACUAUUACUAUGCCUUGUCGUCUAGAAGUACCAGAUGGUCUUAUGUUUGGAAAAUGGAAAUAUGAAAUGCCAAAUGGAUCUCCAGUAUUUAUUGCCUUCAGAUCAUCAACAAAAAAAAAUGUACAGUAUGAUGAUGUACCAGAGUACAAAGACAGGUUGAGUCUCUCAGAAAACUAUACGUUAUCCAUCAAGAAUGCAAGAAUCAAUGAUGAAAAGAGAUUUGUAUGUAUGCUUGUUACAGAAGAUGAUGUUUUCGAAGAGCCGACGAUAGUCAAAGUCUUCAAACAACCCUCUCAACCAGAAAUCUUACAUCAAGCAGACUUCUUAGAAACAGAGAAGCUACAAAUGCUUGGGGAGUGCGUUGCAAGAGAUAGUUAUCCUGAAGGCAAUGUUACAUGGUACAAAAAUGGGAGAGUUUUGCAGCCCGUGGAAGAAGUUGUGGUCAUAAAUUUGCAAAAGAUUGUGGACAAGUCAACUGGACUCUUCACCAUGACAUCAUCUCUUCAGUACAUGCCAACAAAGCAAGAUGCGAAUGCCAAGUUUACUUGCAUUGUGACAUAUUAUGGACCAUCUGGCCAGAAGACAAUACAGUCUGAACCAGUUGUCUUUGAUGUUCACUAUCCAACAGAGAAGGUGACUAUUCAAGUGCUGUCACAAAGUAGUACAGUUAAAGAAGGCGAUAACAUCACUCUGAAGUGCUCAGGAAAUGGCAACCCUCCUCCACAGGAGUUCCUGUUUUACAUUCCAGGAGAAACAGAAGGUAUAAGAAGCUCAGAUACUUACGUCAUGACAGAUGUGAGGCGAAAUGCAACAGGAGAAUAUAAGUGCUCUCUGACUGACAAAAGCAUGAUGGACUCGACCACCAUCACUGUGCAUUAUUUGGAUUUGCAGCUUACUCCUAGUGGAGAAGUCACAAAACAGAUUGGAGAGGCCCUGCCUGUGUCAUGCACAAUUUCUUCUAGUAGAAAUGCAACAGUGUUUUGGAUAAAGGACAAUACCAGAAUGCAAACAAGUCCAUCAUUUUCAAGUCUUCAGUAUCAAGAUGCUGGAAACUACAUCUGUGAAACUACUCUGCAGGAGGUGGAAGGUUUAAAGAAAAGAAAGACACUUAAACUUAUUGUGGAAGGAAAACCUCAAAUCAAGAUGACAAAGAAAACCAACACAAAUAAAAUGUCUAAAACAAUUGUCUGCCAUGUGGAAGGUUUCCCCAAACCAGCAGUGCAAUGGACAGUUACUGGCAGUGGAAGCAUCAUAAAUAAAACAGAGGAGACCAAAUACGUUAACGGAAAAUUUUCCAGUAAAAUUGUAAUUGCUCCUGAGGAAAAUGUGACUUUAACUUGCAUUGCAGAAAAUGAGCUAGAAAGGACUGUGACCUCUCUGAACGUCUCUGCUAUAAAUAUUCCAGAGUAUGAUGAGCCAGAGGAUAGAAAUGAUGACAAUAGUGAAAAGGUUAAUGACCAGGCAAAGCUAAUAGUGGGGAUUGUAGUUGGUCUUCUGCUGGCUGCUCUGGUUGCAGGUGUUGUCUACUGGCUCUAUGUGAAGAAAUCAAAGACAGCAUCAAAGCAUGUAGACAAAGAUCUUGGAAAUAUAGAAGAAAACAAAAAACUAGAAGAAAACAAUCAUAAAUCUGAAACUUAAGAGAAAAUGUGUCAGUCAUCACUGCAGAGAAUACAUAUAGAUCAAUUGAAGCAUGAACGUGGAUUGUAUUUAAACAUAUACGAAGAAGUGACAGCUAUUCAUGGUUCAAGUAUUAAACAGAUCAUACUACCAAGUUUUCAAAGGAUUUUAGACACAAUUAUCUCAAGCUAAAAAUACCCCAACAAACUAAUUUUGGCAACAGCCAUGAUAAUAGGUCACCAUGUUGUGUUCUGUUUGAAAUAUUUUUUUGUAAAUGUCUGCACUGAAGAUUUCUUUUUGUUUGCCUUUAUGUAAAUUUUUUACGUAGCUAUUUUUAUACACUGUAAGGCUUUGUUCUGGGAGUUGCUGUUAAUCUGAUGUAUAGUGUAAUGGUUUUAUUUCAAUUGUUUUUAUGACACCCUUUGAGCAGGUACAUGUCUAAUUCUGAUUGUUAUCAGUGAAGCCUCUGCUUGGUAGCAAGUACCUAGAGUGUAAGACUGUCUUAAAGGAAAAUGUCAAACUCCUUUUUCAUUCUCUGAAAUCACAGUAAAGGAGAAGGGUGACAGCUGUGACAAGAAUAAACUAAAUUGAUACUAAAAGUGAACGUUUAAAAAACCAUGCAAAGCUGAACAGACAGAAAGGGAACAAAGAGUUUCCACAAAGAAGUCUGGGUAUUAAAGCAAGGAAAACAAUGAAAAUUCCUAGCCUACGUACAGACAGUGGCUAAUCAUCCUUUUCUUCUAGGGCACGACACAUUUUAUUGAUACGUUAACAGUCAUCUUUCAUGUUAGAAUUAGGAUAAGGAACUGGAAUUCUGGAUUAAUUUUGAUUCCUUUAUGUUAUCCGCUGCCUUAAAGUACUGUACCUUUUCUUCAUUUCAGAAAGAUACCAGUCAGAAUUGGAAACUUUUUUUAAAAAGUGGUCAUAUCAAAGCUGCAUUUUUUUUCCACAAGAAUAGAAUAUAUAUAUAUAUAUUUUUUGUGUGUUUUUGUUAACUAUGCUACAGAUAUUGAAUGCACCUUGAGAUAAUUCUAGUGUUUUUAACUGGUACCUAAUUUAUCGAACAGUACAUAUAAUUGUAACAAUGAAAUGUCUAUGUAUCUUUAGUUACAUUCAAGUUUGUAACUUUAUAAACAUGUUUUAUGCUUGAGGGAAUUUUUAGAAUGGUACUGGUAAGAAGUUUUAGGGUAAAUGGCCAAUAGAAGGUUGUACUUAAGGGAGAGAAGUUUCAUCUUACACAGAAGGUGAGUUUCUGAAAGAAAGUAACAGGUAGCUUUGAUGGAGGGGAACAGUAGAGUAAGCAGAACAUCAGGUUUCCAUUUACAAAUAUCCAGGGAAAAAGUAAGUUUUUAUAGACUGGUAGGCAAAAAUGAAUAAAUAAAUAAAAGAAAAAGAUGGACGUUAGGAAAUGUAUUUUGCCACUUUUGCAUUAUUUAGGGGGAAGAAAACACUGUUACUUGUAAAUUUGUAAAAUGUUAAAUGUCUGGGCAGUAGUGACUGAUGUCUUAAUAAAAGCUUCCUGUAGUGCAUUGGCAUGGAUUAAAUACAUAAGAUGUCCUAUAAACUCUAUGCUGUAUAAGAUAUUAGAGGGAAAUCCUGUUAUAUGCCUCUAAACUUUGAUUUGUUACUGUUUUAUUUGGCAAAAA